GUCCCCGUCGUCGCCGCGACCUCGCCACCCCCAAUUCAAUUCAUCCGACACCUCCUCGCGCGUUCAGGCAGCCCCGGCCGUGCCCGGAUCCUCCUACCAAUUGAAUUAAUAAUCCCUUGCUCAGCAGCCGGUCCGAUUCGAUGGCCCAGCUGAAGGCCGCGCGCGUCGCCGACGUGCCCACCCUGGACGUGGUCGCCCCCGGCCUCGUGGUCGCGGCGGCGGCGGCGGGGAGGCGCGGGCCGAGGGGGCGGUUCUUGGUGAUCGGGCACCGGGGGAAGGGGAUGAACGCGCUGGCGUCAGCAGACCGGCGGCUGCAGGAGGUGCGGGAGAACACGGUGCGGUCCUUCAACGACGCCGCGCGCUUCGCCGCCGACUACGUCGAGUUCGACGUCCAGGUCACCAAGGAUGGUUGUCCAAUCAUCUUCCAUGACAACUUCAUUUUUACUGAAGAAGAUGGCAAAAUUUCACAGAGGCGUGUCACUGAUCUUCAGUUGGAAGACUUCCUCCAGUAUGGACCACAAAAUGAGCAGGGAAAGACCGGUAAGCCCUUGCUCCGCAAAAUGAAGGAUGGCAGAAUGCUGAAUUGGAAUGUGCAAUCAGAUGAUGCUCUUUGCACGCUUCAAGAAGCGUUCGAGAAGGUCAAUCCGAGAUUGGGCUUCAACGUUGAGCUAAAAUUCGAUGACAGUCUUGAAUACCAGGAGGAAGAGCUCACUCGCAUCCUCCAGGCCAUCCUAAAGGUGAUUUUUGAGUAUGCUAAGGAUAGGCCUAUUCUUUUCUCUAGCUUCCAGCCCGAUGCUGCUCAGCUCACGCGAAAAUUGCAAAGCAAAUACCCUGUUUACUUCUUGACAAACGGAGGGACAGAAAUCUACACUGACGUGAGGAGGAACUCGUUGGAGGAAGCCAUCAAGCUAUGCCUUGCUAGUGGCCUGCAAGGAAUAGUUUCUGAGGCCCGUGGAAUAUUCAGGCACCCUGCUGCCAUUCCAAAGAUCAAAGAGGCCAACCUCUCCCUACUGACUUAUGGAACUUUGAAUAACGUGCCGGAGGCGGUUUACAUGCAGCACCUGAUGGGGGUGAACGGGGUGAUCGUCGACCUGGUGCCGGAGAUCACCAAGGCCGUCUCCGAGCUCAUCGCCGUGCCGGAGCCCGACCCAGAAGUCGAGGACUUGAGCAACCAGGCGGCGAGAGGUGGUGCGACGCCAAAUUUCUCGCAGCGCGAGAUCUCGUUCCUGCUGAGGCUCAUCCCAGAGCUGGUGCGAUAACGCAUGGCCUCGCCUUCCUGGCUGAGAAAUGAUUGAUGAAUGUAUUACUUACAUGCAUACUAAAGGAAGCCCUUUGUGGAGGGCACAUGUUUGCAACUUUGCAUAGGUUGAUGAUAUGUCCUAGUCCGUGAAGCAACUUUGCAUAGGUUGAUGAUAUGCCCUAGUCCGUGAAGCGAGUCAUGGUCAAGUUUUACUUUUGCUGGGAGGGUAGGGGAUCCAACAUGGUGUAGGGAGGGGCAGGGGUGGAGUGGGGUCUAACUGAAACAAUCUGACCAAGUGUUUGGACCCCUCAAAGGAGUCUUCUUGAGUGUUGUAUCUGUAACGAGUUGUUCGAGUGAAGUCAUAAUGUGAUGCUGUGAAUUGGAAUGA